GCGUUUCGCGAAGGAAUGAUGGCGACCCCUGCUAUCCGCUGCUCCUCACGCUGGAUCACAGUCGCCUUGCUCUCUGGACAUCACCGGGCCGUCGGUGCGGCCGUCUGCGCUGGCAGUGGAGGUGUCCGCGGCAUUUGUACAGCAGGUGCAGGGAAACUAUGGCCGGGAGGGAGCCUGGUCUACGCCGGAGCAGGGACAGCGUUGACAUUGAGAGGGCUGUCAGGUCUCAAAUCGCCCCAAGCCGCUUCCACGCUGUCCUUUCACACAAGUGCCCCCGCCAGCAGCAAGCGGGACUUCUACCAGAUUCUUGGAGUUCCUCGCACAGCAACUCAGAAAGAGAUCAAGAAAGCCUACUACCAGAUGGCCAAAAAGUACCACCCUGACACCAACAAAGAUGACCCACAAGCCAAGGAAAAGUUUGCUCAGCUGGCCGAAGCCUAUGAGGUCCUCAGUGACGAAUCGAAGAGGAAGCAGUAUGACGUGUAUGGCAGCUCAACAGGCUUUGAUGCUGGUCAGACUGGUAGAGGUCAGCAUUAUUGGACGGGACAGACCAGCAAUGUGGACCCAGAGGAGCUCUACCGCAAGAUCUUUGGUGAAUUCUCGGGAGGACGUGGGUUUGGCGAUUUUAGUGCCAUGUUUGAUCAGCCGCCGGAGGACAUUAUGGAGCUAACGUUCACUCAAGCAGCAAAGGGAGUCAACAAAGAGAUGUCCAUUAAUAUAGAUGCAGCCUGCCAGCACUGCGAUGGUAAAGGUCACGAGCCAGGCACAAAGGUCCAGCACUGCAACCACUGCAACGGGUCUGGCAUGGAGACGGUGAAUACUGGUCCAUUUGUGAUGCGCUCCACGUGUCGCCGCUGCGGCGGUAAAGGCACGGUCAUUUCCACCCCAUGCCGUACCUGCCGUGGGUCAGGACAGACCAAGCAGAGGCAAACUGUCAUGGUUCCUGUGCCUGCAGGGGUGGAUGAUGGUCAGUCAGUCAGGAUGCCAGUUGGUAAGAAAGAGAUCUUCAUCACUUUUAAGGUCCAAAAAAGUCCAGUGUUCAGGAGAGAAGGUGCAGACAUCCACUCUGACCUUCUAAUCUCUGUGGCUCAAGCAGUUUUGGGUGGCACGGCCAGAGCACAGGGCCUAUAUGAGACCCUCAAUUUAUCCAUCCCUGCAGGCAUCCAGACUGACCAUAGGAUCCGACUCGGAGGGAAGGGAAUCGCUCGUGUCAGCGGCUAUGGCUACGGAGACCACUACGUCCAUGUCAAAAUAAAAGUACCUAAGACUCUGACAGACAGACAGAGAGCUCUGCUACUGAGCUACGCUGAGGACGAGACCGAGGUGGAGGGGACAGUUAAUGGAGUCACCUCAACCACCACAGGUAAAAGAUCCUGGAACUGAGAGAAUCCAUCAGCAGACAGAGAGGGCGACAGCAAAGUCAGCCACAUCAUAAAGAAAGGGACUGAGAUUUGAAAAAAACAACCUGGUGAAUGAUGCUGACGAGGGGUGGAUCGGCACAGUCGUACUUCAGUGGGAGAAGAGGAUUAACUGCGCCGUGCAUCUGCCCAAGUGGAUCCCCCGCACACGAGGAUAAUGCAGCGCUCCACUCGCGUUUGUCAAACAUCCAUGGAUGUCUUUUUUUUUUUGUUGCAAAGACUAGUUCAUUUAUAAUGUUUGUCUCUGCUAAUUGCCAUGAGACGAACACAAUGGCGGUAAGAGAAUCCAUGUGCGCGAAAAUAAAUUAUUGUACCGACAAAGACUACAUAUGCAGUCAAACAUUUUGGGGGGGUGGGGAUUAAAUGGCUCUCCUUUUUAA